UAUACUGACGGUGCGCGCGCUUCGGGUGGACACGGGCGUCCAUGCGAUGCUGAAGCUGGACCCUGGGAGGGAGCUUCUCAACCGCGUGGAGCUGCUACGGCGAGCACGGGCAGCCCUAAAGGGUGGCGAUGACCUUAGCCUGGUGAGCGCCACCGGCUUCCUGGAGGCGACGGACGUGGUGGUGUGGCACGACGACCUGGUCCGGCAGCUGGUCAAGAUCGAGCACGACCUGCCCACCGCCUACCUGCACCCCAGCGGCAGCGGGCUGCUGUGCUCGCCCCGCUGCCGCCUGCCCGCCGGCAUGACGGACUCGCCGCCGUCCGCUCGUCCGGCCACACUCUGGGAAAGGAUCUUCUCCGGAAAAUAUUUUGUUACCGGAAAAGGGCAAAACUUUACCGGAAGCCCGCCUGACCUAUCAGAAGCGGUGCUGCUGCAGCUGCAGGCGGAGAUGGCGUGUGAGGUGCCUGAGUUUGACUCCCCCACGCUGGUGCUGGCGGCAAAGGACGUGAACCACACGCGGCGGCUGAAGCUGCAGGUCAAGACCCUGACCGGCAAGACCUUCGCGUUGGAGGAUCUCCGACCGACGAGCACUGUUGAGAUGGUCAAGGCUUGGAUUUACAUCAAGGAGGGCCUCCCGCCGGACCAGCAGCGCCUCAUCUCCGCCGGCAAGCAGCUGGAGGACGGCCGCACCCUGGCUGACUACAACAUACUGGAGGGGUCCACGCUGUCCGUGGUGCUGCGCCUGCGCGGCGGCAUGUUCCACGAGAGCAGCGGCCGCGUGGGCUACAAGGCACUGGGCGGACCGCCGCUCCCGGGCCGCAACAACGCACUGUCGCCGCGUCAGGGGCUCAAGCUGCGGGUGCGGCUGUGCGGCGGCAGCGGUGGAGAUGCAUGCGGGGCCGAGGGCCAGGCAGGCGUGCGGACGCUGCUGCUCGAAUGCGGAAAGGAGCCGAGCGUGCAGGAACUGAUGCGCCGCGCCCGCGAGGGGGGUGAGCUGAAGCUGCGGGUGCGGCUGUGCGGCGGCGGGCGCGAGGCAGGCGAGGCAGAGGGCCAGGCGGACGUGCGGGCGUUGCUGCUCAAGCGCGGAAAGACGCUCAGCGUGCAGGAGCUGGUGCGCCGCGCUCGCGAGGGGAUGAGCUGAAGCAGUGGGAGCAGGAGCAGGAGCAGCGGCGGCUGAAGCAGCAGCGGGAGGAGCUGAAGCAGGAAAAGGGGCAGCAGCGGCAGCAGCGGCAGCAAGAGCAGGAGCAGACGCAAGGGGCGGCGGGCCAGGAACCGGGGCUUGACUCGGCUGCAGAGGUGCGGAAGAGCACACGCCGCCAGCAGCAGGGUCAGCCCGCGGACGCAGGCGGCGCGACGGGCGUAAGUGAUGACGGCAAGCGGCACAGCAAGCGGCUGCGCAGGGCGGGCCUAGAGGGCGCAGCCGGGUGGCAGGCGCCACAUGCCUCAAAGCCUGGAGGUUAUUGCUGCGCGUGGUUUUGGGGCCUUUGGGCACAAAAUAAAUGGGAAAGAGACACGAGUUGGGAUUGCCGUGUACCAACGGUGAUAAGCCGUAUUGAGCUGUCAUGUUGCGACUGUGACGUUGUGUAUCAGCGGCUGUGACAUACAGUGUUUGCGUGUGUCUCAGGGCCUAGGUGCACUGACCUGCCACGGAGGAGCUUUGUGGCUUUGUGCACGUGAACUGCUGGGAAGUCGGCUUUUUCGAAAGAUCCUUGCAUGUUAAGGUUAAUAAAAGCAUAUGGUCAUUUGGCAGGAUAGCAGCCGCAGGAUGGCUUUGUUAGGACGCUCUUGUUGGAGAUGGCCAGCAGGCAAGGCAUGGUGCCAGGCAAUGGGCGCCGAGGGUGUGAUGGCACGAGUAGGAUGUGGUGGAAAGCAGGGCAUGGCUGCUCGUUGUAAGGAAUCGUAUCG